ACCACCGGCUCCAGAUAACUGGGUGGUGCACGCUGGGAGGGGGCCUUCAGCAGCGUAUAUAAAGGUGUGUGUGCCUUUAAGAAGUGUUGGGUUUAUUCCUCGGCGCACCUUCUGCUCCAUCAUCAGACGGACGGUGCGUCCUGGCAACUUCUCCACAGCACCGGACCCGCAGCACACAUGAGAGACCCUGAACAGCCACGGUCAGCUUGAUAGACAGGUAAUGGAUCCAGUGUGACAGUUUGAACACCGUCCUGCCCAGCUGGCCUGUCUAACACUCUGUAGCUAUGGCAACUUGUCCGAGAGGCUGCACCCCAGCGGUGCGACUUUGUCAGAGACUGAACCGACUCAAGACACUGGAUGAUGACAUGAUGGCCACGUCGCUGAAACGCUGCCUCUCCACCUUGGAUCUGACUCUGCUGGGAGUCGGCGGCAUGGUGGGCUCUGGGCUUUACGUCCUGACAGGAACGGUGGCUAAAGACAUGGUCGGGCCCGCUGUCAUCAUAUCCUUCAUCUUUGCGGGCAUUGCUUCUCUACUGGCUGCCUUUUGUUAUGCAGAGUUUGGAGCUCGCAUCCCCAAAACAGGAUCUGCCUACAUGUUUACCUAUGUGUCUGUGGGAGAGAUCUGGGCCUUUCUCAUUGGUUGGAAUGUGAUCCUGGAGAACAUGAUUGGCGGCGCCGCUGUGGCACGUGCCUGGAGCGGCUAUCUGGACUCCAUUUUUAACCACGCUAUCCAGAACUUCACGGAGACGCACAUUAUGCAGUGGAACGUGCCCUUCCUCGCCCACUACCCCGACAUCCUCGCAGCAGGGAUUCUAGUCGUUGCCUCGUUCUUCAUUUCCUUUGGAGUUCAAGUGUCCUCUUACCUCAACCAUAUCUUCUCCACCAUUAGUAUGGUUGUCAUCGUUUUCAUCCUGGUCUUUGGCUUUAUGCUGGCUGAACCAGCCAAUUGGAGCCAGAAGGAAGGCGGUUUCGCACCAUUUGGGUUAUCUGGAAUACUGGCAGGCUCGGCCACGUGCUUCUACGCAUUCGUGGGCUUCGACGUAAUUGCAUCCUCAAGCGAGGAGGCAAAGAACCCACAGAAAGCUGUUCCCAUUGCCACCGCGAUCUCCCUUGGACUGGCGGCUACAGCUUACAUCCUGGUCUCCACGGUGCUCACACUGAUGGUACCCUGGCACACUCUGGACCCCAACUCAGCUCUGGCAGAUGCCUUCUUCCGCCGUGGUUACAGCUGGGCCGGAAUUAUUGUGGCAGUAGGUUCCAUCUGCGCCAUGAACACUGUGCUGCUCUGUAAUCUCUUCUCCCUCCCUCGGAUUGUGUACGCCAUGGCAGAGGAUGGCUUGUUCUUCUCUAUUUUCGCACGGGUCAACCCCGUCACUAAAGUUCCCGUCAAUGCUAUAUUGGUGUUUGGGAUCCUCAUGGCCACCAUGGCUCUCAUCUUUGACCUGGAGGCCUUGGUUCAAUUCCUGUCCAUCGGCACCCUCCUCGCGUACACCUUUGUGGCAGCGAGCGUUAUCGUGUUGCGCUUCCAGCCGGAGAAAACCAGCGACAAGGGAACCAGUUCCACGUCUCCCAACCCUAACGCUGAGCCUUCGCCUGCCCCAUCAGAGUCCCAGAACAUAACCGAGGACAGCGGCGAGCUGAAGCAGUAUGAAUCCUUCUCUGACAAACUCCAGUUGGUGGAGAGACAGAAGACAGAAGAGCGCCGUGGGGUGGGACAGCUGAAGGCCUUUUGGGAACCGUACCUGGGCAAGCUGCUGGGGGACUGUGAGCCGGGCGAGGUGGUGGCCUUAUGCGUGCUGACAUUGAUCGUGAGCUCGGUCUCGCUCUGCGCUGUGGUAGAAUUUGGUAGAAAUCAGCUGCAGCUUCCACUCUGGAGCUUCACAAUGCUGCUGGUGAUUUUCAGCUUAGCUUUUGUUGUCAGUAUGGUGCUCAUAUGGAUGCACGAACCACAAACCAACAGCAAAACAUUCCAGGUACCUUUGGUUCCACUGACUCCAGCUAUCAGCAUCCUCUUCAAUGUAUUCCUCAUGCUGAAACUCAGCUAUCUAACCUGGAUUCGAUUCACCGUAUGGAUCGCGAUAGGUCUCUUUGUAUAUUUCGGCUAUGGGAUCUGGCACAGUAAGGAGGGCAUGCGGGAGAUGCAUCCCAAAGACAUGGCCGCCCGUUACGUGGUGCUACCCAGCGGCAGCCUGGUACAGACGGUGCAGUCUGUCCAGCCCGAUGGACAAGUAGACUCGGGGCACCACAUCACCCCGUCCGCCGACUCGACGUCUGAGGAGUACGCCGGAAAGAGAUGAUGUGUGACCUGACAUAGUCAGUACUACUGCCUGGUAUUAUCUGUUGUCUCCCAUUCGAUACGCCGUACUAUUACUUGUGUACUCUUUGUAUCUCACUCCCUUUACCGUGUGAGCCUGCCACAGUCUGUACUCGUUGCUUUUGCAGAUGUUAGCACACCGCAGGGUGGGGUGCACGCUCUCCGUCUUGUUGUGAAAGCAUAUUUGUACAGCAUAUCUUGUAAUACUCGAAUGUACAGUAGAGAGCUUUAUUACUGUCCUGUAAACUCCUAGCAUCGACGAUGUCUUUAGAUCCUUUAAGACCAGCUGUUUUCUUCUCUCAACUUUGCCACUUUGUUAGAACCCACGUGAUCAUAGGUUAGAGAUAUCCGGUGCUUUCUUUGUGACAAACUGCACUUUUAGGUUAGUACACUCAGUGGAUGAUUUUUAAACGUUAACACAGAUCUGCAGCUGCACCAAAACUCUCAUUUUUGUGGAAGACAGCCCACUGCAUUUUAAAGAUCUGAAGCAUUUGUUGCAUGUUUCUUUGGUUUUGUUUCAGAGGAAUGCACAGGCUUUUGUGAGUUUACAUCUUUUGCCUUCUUCUCAAAGUCUUCUCCCCGAAAACCUCAGAGAAACUAUCACUGAUCCUCCUCCUCCUUUUGGUACUCACGGUGGUUUCUGGCAAAUGUUUUAAUCCCAUAUUCUAUUUAUUUUUCUAUUACUACUCUUGAUAUUUUGCUUUUAUACACUCUGUCCUUUUUUGUGUGUCACUCUAGCUGUGUUAUCUAUAUGUUUUGCAUGUUCCUCUAUUAGUCAUCAAGAAUUUGUUUCCCCUUCUAAGUGGCUGAACGACACUUCAUUGCUUCACUUAAUCUCCCACAUCUCGUCCCGUGACUUUGCUCUUUUUUGUGUCACUGAUCUCGUUCCUGAGCAGCCCUCUCCGCCCUUUUCUCCCCCUGUUGGCAUGAGAUUAGAAAUCAAAGCACAUAGAUUAUUGAGCUUUUAUUGUCAUAUGACCGAGAUAACCUGAGAGGUAAUUAGAUUAUUGGAUGUGUAAGUCAAAGCACAAAUCGAUUUUGAGAUCUUCACACACAGGGUAGAGUCUUGGUAGGCGGGCAGACGCGAUUGUUAUGUAAAACCCGGGAUGCGCUUCAUCUCUCUGAGGCCUCCGUAAUCCCAGCAGAUUUGCGGUGGUCCCUGUCGCCAGUCUGCAGCCUGACCUAGAUUAGAGAGAGGCACACACUCAUAUUACACAGGAAACAUUCCCAACAGCCAACUCUUUGAAACAACAGUGUCAAGAAGAAGAAGAAGAGCACGAGUCUUCAGUUUUUAGCACAUCUGUAACUACAAAAGACGUUUUUACUCGUUCAGUUCGUGUUUGCAUGUGUUACAUAAGAAACCAAUGGCCUUAAACGUGUUGUAAUCAAUGCAGACUUAAUUCCAAAGUUAAACUAGUCGUUUUAUUUCUGUGUCUGUUAGAUCUCACAGGACUUCAUGCUUUCUAAUUCUGAAAACCAAAACACAAACAUGGAAGAUAAUGCACAGCAGGAGGCAUCAAGAGAAUUUUGUACUACUUUGCACAUUGAAAACUCUUACCUGGUCAUUGUGUGUCAUGGUUAUGCUUUUGAUGUCGGGGCCAGUGACACAUAUUAAUACUGCGGUGCUUU